AUGUUUGUAUUACCAAAUAAUGAAGAAGAAGAAAAAAAUAAUUGUUUUUGGGUAGAAAAAGAUAUUUUAAUAAAUAAAUGUAAUACAAAUUUUGGAACAAUUAAAUCUGUAAAAAUGCAUGAUGUUAAUACAAGUUUAUAUGAAUCAUCAAAAAAUAUUAGUUUACAACUUUUAAGCGAAGCAGAUAAUAUUUUAAGUAGUCAAUGUAAUGAAGAAAUUAGAAAUUCUACAAAAAUUGUUUUGCACACAAAUUUUGCCGAAAAGGCACUUAUUAAUUCACAUUUAAUUGAUGAAUUUGAAAAUGUUAAUAUCGUUACUUGGACAAUAUUUUCAGCAAAUUAUUAUUUUUAUAGAUUAAAAAAUAUAAAUAAUUUAUAUUAUUUAAAUAUAAAUUAUUUAAAUAAAAUUUUGGAAGAAAAGCAACCAAUCAUUUAUUUAUUUGCUAUAUCUAAUAAAUUAGAUAAUUAUCAAAGUAUAAAUAUUUUGGAUGCAGUUAAAGCUCCAUUAAAAGAAUAUGACAAAAAUAAUGGUGGAAAUUGGAAGUUAAAUAUUAUGUUGUUAGCCUCUUCAAACAGACUUUGUUACUUUUUGGAUUCUUUUUUUCUUGUUAAUUUUUAUUUAGAUGUACUUUUAGAAGAAGCUAAACAUACUAUAAUACAAAAUCAAAAAAGUUAUUUAUCGGCAAUUACUGAACUUGCUGUAAAUUGCUCAAAAUUGGAAAUAUUAGGUUUUGAUAUACCUGACGAAAUUGAGAAUAAUAUUUCUUAUGAAAGAAAAAAACUUUUGAAAAAACCUUUUUUAGUAUUAAUUACGGAUGUUUUUGAAGAGGAUUUUGUAAAAUUUCAUUUGCCUGAUCAAAACAAAUUUAAUUUCAAAAUUUAUGCUUUAAAACAAAAUAUUCGUGACAGUUAUUUAGCUAACAACUUUAAUUUUACUUAUUUUUUUGAUCCUCAAAAUCCUUAUGGAAAUAUUUAUUGGUAUCAAAGUGAUGAAGAAAAUUUUGAAAAACAAAGAAAUGCUUCCCAAAAUAAUUCAUAUACGAUUAUUAAUUGGCCUAUUUUAAUUAUUCCCGUUGCGAUUUCUUUUUUUAUUGGGUUAGCUGCUGUUUUUGUUAUUGUUUUAAUUCGUUAUCGUCGUUGUGUUUGUAAAUUACUUUGGUUAAAUAAAUUGGAACAAUUAAAAACAGAACAUAUUUAUACAGCUUAUCAAAAUAUUCAAAAUAAUAAAAAAAUUGAAAAUAAUUGGAAAGAAGUUAAAGAAAAAAUGUAA